AUGAGAUAUAACUUUUCGCCUAGUCUAUGGAUACUAGUUUAUGUGAUCUUCGUUUGGCCAUAUAAACGUUUCAACUGCAACGACAUCUGCAACAACCAUGAUUUGCGUCACCAUGAGAUUGUCAUUAUUGAAAACGAUACAUAUCGAUAUUCUCUUCAUUAUAAGUAUUCAAUGAGGAUUCAACGUUAUCAAUCUCAAGCAGUUCCGAGUGACCGUUUUAAUAAUGAGAUAUUUGGCAGAUACGGGGUUUAUCCUCGAUUCUCGUUUAGUUAUUACGGUAAACACGUACAACAAAUUGAUUUUUACAAACACCAUUAUGUACAUGUAUAUGAAUCGUACAAAAUUGGAAAUAUUAAUAAUUACCUAGAAAACUAUGAGGAGUAUGAAUCUAGAGUUUUCGAUGAGAAGGAAUUAUUAGGAGUCCGAAGGAAUUUUUCGAUAUACGUUAAUGAUUCAGAGGUUACAGCCACAAUGACGACUUUAAUACACCCAAAUGGGAAGGUAUCGUUCCAUUAUGAUAACGUGAGUUGCAUAAUUUAG